AUGGAGGAAAGCUACAUCUGGGUCAAAUUACAAGACUACUACGGCGAGACCAAAUACAACGGCUCGGCAAAGUCUAUCCAAAACGACCGAUCGAUCCUUGGGAAGCCCUUCAAACGAUGGUACAUUGCUCCAGCGGCCAUGGUCUUCCAAGCCAUCUGUGGAUCCGUCUAUGCCUGGUCGGUGUUCAACCUCCCCGUCGAUAACGCCAUCUAUGGAUCCGAUCAGAAAGUGGCUCCUAUCACCUUCUACAUCAAUAUUGGAUGCCUUGGAAUUGCCGCUUCGCUACUUGGUCCUUGGUUGGAAAGGAAUGGUCCCAAGAAGGCUGCCACAAUCGGCGGGACUCUCUUCUGCCUUGGCCACUGGGUUGCUGCCCUCGGCAUCCAUCUUAAGUGGUUUCCUGAGCGCAAGGGGUUCGGCGCCGGUUUGUCUGUCUGUGGAUUUGGUAUUGGUGGUUUGAUUUGUGCAAAGAUCCCCCUGCCCUUGAUUAACGCCAUUGGGUUAACAAUGACCUUUGUGGUCAUUGGAUCCUGCUACUGGAUCAUCCUCAUGUUCUGCGCCUUCAUCUUCCGGUUUCCUCCACCCGAGAGGACCAAGAUCCGAGGCCCCAUCUACCGCAACGGCACACUAUUCAUCACCCGCAAGCAACAAAAGCCCGGCUCUGCUCAAGAUGAAAAGUCAAUGCCUCCCGUCAUUGCCGAUUCCAAGACUCCCCCCCAGAACCGCAUCGUCUUUGAGCCCGCCAUUGACCUGACUCUUCGCGAGGCCUUGAGCACGUACGAGUACUUGGGCAUGUACAUGAUGUUCUUGGCCAACCUGGUCUCUGGUCUGGUCAUCCUGUCCCGUCUUGCGGACAUGUGUAUCAACGUCUUUGACAAGAGCGCCGAUACGGCCUCGACUGUCGUUGCUAUCAAUGGUGGCUUCAACUUUGUCGGGCGUCUGAUGUUCUCGUCUUUAUCUGAUGUGAUUGGUCGCAAGCCCUCGUACCUGGUCAUGUUGGGCACUCAGGUCAUCAUUCUCGCGGUCCUGCCCCUCAUCUUUGUCACCAAGAAUUACUGGGCUUUCCUCUUAGCCAUCUGGACGCUGACCUGUGCCUAUGGAGGCGGGUUCGGUACCAUCCCCGCGUUUAUUCACGACCUCUUUGGCAUGCACAACAUCUCGGGUCUGCACGGUAUCCUGUUGACCGCAUGGAGUAUUGCCGGUGUUGGGGGCGGUAUCUUGUUCACUCUGAUCUACAACCACUUGAUCCGUAACCGCGGCUAUUCCCCUGGAUCCCCGGAGGUCUACAACACCAACUUUUAUUGGCUCUGCGCCUGUGCGGCGACUGGAUUUGUAGUUUUGCUGUUUGUCAGGUCGACUGUUAAGGAUCGUCUGUUGCCCCGUGUCGGAGGUGAGGUCACCCGUAUGCGUGUCUUUGGCCGUAUCCUCCGCUUUGAGAAGACCGGCACCUUCCGCUUCAAGUUCAAGUACCUCAAACCAGAGGAAGAAGAGAAGGAGUGGACAUCUUUCUGGGCUAACAUCAAAUACCACGAAGAGACGACGGUGGUGACGACGACGGGCUCGAUGGGAGACGUCAUGGGCGGAAUGGACCGCGGCGAGCUCCCAUCUGCAGCAGCAACUAAUGGCGGUGGCUUGACUGUUGGAACUGGUGUUGGCGGCGAACUUACCCGUGCAGAAACGCCAAGGAUUGAUAACUCGCGCAAUGAGCCUCUCUCUCGCCCCGAUAUCCCUCGAGGUGACGUCCCCCGCGGCGAAGUGAGAGCGGAUCUUGUCUGA